AUGGGAGAUUCAGAAAGCACACUGUCGGCAUCGACUAGAGAGACGAAGUCUAGUCAGCAUGAGGAAUAUCAAUAUUUGAAUUUAAUUCGCAGUAUUCUUGAAUUUGGCGAGCACCGCCCAGACAGGACCGGUACCGGUACAUUAUCGCUGUUCGCGCCCCCGCAGCUUCGCUUCUCUCUGUCUCGGCCGUCAUCGGAACCUGGAGUACCACCAACGCCAAUCCUUCCACUCAUAACCACCAAGCGUGUCUUCCUACGCGCAGUCAUCGAAGAACUCCUAUGGUUCAUUGCAAGCAAGACAUCGUCACAGUCGCUCUCAGCGGCAGGUGUCAAGAUUUGGGAUGGCAACGGCUCCCGUGAGUUUUUGGAUGAUCUUGGUCUGACAGAACGAGAAGAAGGGGACCUUGGUCCAAUAUAUGGCUUCCAGUGGCGGCACUUUGGUGCUUCGUAUAUCGAUUCCAAAACAGACUACGCGGGCCAAGGUGUAGAUCAGCUGCAAGAAGUCAUCGAGAAGCUGAAGCACAAGCCGUAUGAUAGGAGAAUAAUCUUGAGUGCGUGGAAUCCAGCAGAUCUGAAGAAGAUGGCCUUGCCUCCCUGCCACAUGUUCUGCCAAUUCUAUGUCAGUUUUCCGAACGCAGCAAGAAAUGGUGCGCAAGAAAAGGGCAAGACCGCUCUCAAUGAUGUCAAUAGUGAUGCAAGUAAGACGAACAAAGGAGUGCUGUCCUGCCAACUUUAUCAGCGAUCAUGUGAUAUGGGGCUAGGUGUUCCCUUCAAUAUUGCGUCCUAUGCCAUCUUGACGCAUAUGCUCGCUGCAGUAUGCGAUCUCACCCCGGGGACGUUCAUUCAUACCAUGGGCGAUGCGCACAUAUAUCUUGAUCACGUCGACGCACUGAAAACACAGUUAGAUCGCGAACCUAGAGACUUUCCAGACUUCCAUAUCUUGGAUGACCAUGACAAAAGCAUUGACAACUGGAGGUUGGAAGAUUUUGAAAUAAAAGGGUAUCAGCCGCAUCCCAGCAUUCCAAUGAAGAUGAGUGUAUGA